GAUUAUUUUUCUUCUAUUUGCCAUUUACAUUUUCUCUUUUAUUGUGUCUAAUUCAGUUUAAUUGUAAUUCUUUUUAUUUUAUUAUUAAUUUUAAUCCACAAUUGGAAUGGUUCUAUUAUGGCCCAUUUUUUCCGAGGUAUUUCAAGAUAUUUGUCAGGUAUAUUCCAUAAGAAAUUCUCUGACGAAGUUGACUUUUCACCAGGAGAUAGGCGAGGAUCUUCCAACCGUAAUGGUUCCAGUAUAAGGUCAAAUGGUCGAACUACUAAUGAAGAUUCGUCCAUUGUCAACGAGGGAAUUGUUGAUUUUAUCUCAGUCGAUCCUUCAGUGAUUGAUAUUAAAUUGAAGUGGGAAAAAUGUCGCCUCAGUUUAGUAUCCACGUCGACUGGUUACUCUCUUCACUUUUAUUCUCCACCCAAAUCAGUUAAAUCCAAAGCUGAACUAUUGUGUUCAUCCAUAGUCGAAGCAAGGGAAACAACAGUUCUAGAAAUGCCCGAUCAAGAUUACACUUUUGUCCUUAAAGCGGAAACAGGAUUGGAAUAUGUUAUCGAGGCUUCCAGUGCAUCUGAGCUUAAAGAUUGGUUAAACAUUAUUCAUGCAUGUAUGCAAUGUAAUAACUCCGAGAAUAUUGAUUUAAAUAAUGUUGGUCUCACAGAAUCAAACAUUCGCAAUGGUUCAAUCUACAGACGUCACCUGAACUCGAUAUCAAGUGCGAAUGGAGAAACGACCAAUACAAACAACAACAGCACCAAUGGUCAUACCUCAUCUCCAAAUAAUUCACAACCAAGUUCACCUUUGACCGGGGCCAAUGAUAUUUCCCUUUUUCUCUCCCAAUACCCUUGGUUUCAUGGUUUACUCUCUCGAGCUGAUGCCGCUGAAUAUGUUCUACGUGAAGGUUCAUUAGGACAUGGAAUUUUUCUGGUUCGCCAGAGUGAAACUCGUAAAGGCGAAUAUGUUUUAACAUUUAAUUUUCAUGGUCGCGCGAAACAUUUAAGAUUAACCAUAAAUGGUGAAGGUCAGUGUCGAGUUCAACAUUUAUGGUUUAGAAAUGUUUUCGAUAUGUUGGAUCAUUUUCGUGUUCACUCAAUUCCUCUCGAACUUGGAGGAACAGCUGAUGUUACCCUCACCGAUUUUGUUAUUUAUCAACCAUACACACCUCCCAGUCCAACUCACAAUUCAACAAACCUUUCUGACUUACAAAAUCAACAUCAUCUCCAUAAUCAUCAUAACCAUAAUAAUAAUUCAACCCAAUUCUCUCAUCAACAAUCUCAGUCUCUCAAUAACACAGCCAGUGUACCAAACGGUAAUAAUAAUAAUAAUAAUACUUCAAAUUCGCAGCCCAAUCAAAAUAGUCGAUCAUCAACACCAAACAGUAAUUUCGAACCAUCAUCAUCAUCUCCGGAGUCUCGUCAUAACUAUUUACGAGAACGUGUUCCAUCAAUACCCGAAAUUCAAGAAGUAAUUACCUAUGGAGGUUCAGUGCGCCUUCGAACUGUAUCACUGGAGAAUCUUAAUCAACUUCAAUCACAACAUUUAGCAAGUGUUAAUGGAACAACUCGAGCUGUUGAUAAUACUUAUUCCUUUAUUUAAAAACCCAUCUGUUUAACCAAUUAACCUUUUACCUUUAACUACUCUCUCUCUCUCUCUUACUGGUAACCAGUAUUGCACCAACAUGCAAAGAUUAUUUGGUGAUUUUGGCUUAAUCGGGUUAAUCCAAUUUUGAUACCCAAACCUCUGUAUUAUAUAUUUAAUCAAAAACUCGCAACUUGUAUUUUGAUGUGAACUGCAAGUCCAGAUUGCAAUCGAGUCUCUCUUUUUCUCUCUCUAUCUCUCUCUCUCUCUCUUUCUGUCUUUUCUCUCUUAAUUUAAAAUCUAUCAAAAAUUACUCUUGAUAAUCACAAAACAAGAAGUGAAUUAUCAUCGGAUUUAAAUUGGUUGUAUUGAAAAGUUGAUGAUCUCAAUAUCGCAUAUCAUCAACGUUCUUAUUAUUUUUGUUUGUUUUUUGGUUUACUUUGUUUUCUUUUCUCCCUCUUCCUCUCAUCUUCUCAUCAUCUCCCUUUUUUCAUCUAUUGCUCAAGGAGCAACAUCCACAUUCAUGUAAACAUUUUACAAUAAUCUAGUCCAACCUGAAUUAACUGUUAAUCAAGAGCAAACUGAAAUGAACGAAUAAUAUUAUUAACCAUCGAUCAAUUCAUUAAGUGAAUUAACUUAAUUGUAACAAGAAAAAAGGUUGAUGGCUUAUUGACAUUUGUUUGAUCUUCCUCUUACUCUUUUUCUCUCUGUAAAUCUAAUCUUUUGUCAAUAGAAAUUUUGUCAAAAUCCCUAAAAUCAAUUGAAAAGAAACAAAAAACCAAAACUGUUCUCAAUUAAAAAUCAAUCCAAAAGUGAAAACAUCAAA